ACCAAAACCUCUUGGAAUCCACAUCAAACACCAAAACCUCUUUGUUACCCUCACUGAGAUUUUAGCACAGUUUUAGAGAGAGAGAGAGAGAGAGCAUCAAUGUUGAACCAAGAAGACGACCUGGAUCUCCUUCUCUCACUCCAAGACAGAGUUUUGGAAACCCCUCCUGGUUCUCCUUCAGCUCCCCAACCCUCUUCACCAGGGUAUCUUUCGGAUGAUGAAUCGUCAAGGCGAACAGGGCCGGCAGACAUGUCUGUCUUUAGAAAUGCCGUGCAAGACUGCCUUGAUUAUGAGCCUGUGCAUGUUCACAAAGCUGUGAAAUUGAAGGGCUCCAAGGCCUCCAAUGAAGCUGAAGUUGAGAAAUUUUCGGGCUUGCGAAUGAGGAACCAAUUGUUCAGUGCAGCAGAGCUCCGUGAGCGGUUCUCAGACAUUCGUUUUGUUCGAUUACCAACUAUAAAGAAUUUAUUGGUUGGGGACACUCUUUCGGGUUGUUGGGCAACUGUUGGAGUGCUGAGUGAGAAGGGGACUCCAAAGACCAAUUCUACAGGGAAGACCUAUAGUAUAUGGAAGGUUGGGAGUCUGGAUGAAAAUACUGUUUCUCUUUUCUUGUUUGGUGAUGCUUAUCAGAGGAACUGCAAAGAGCAGGCUGGAACGGUCUUUGCACUCUUCAAUUGUGCUGUACGCAAGGAUGCGAUGGGUAAAGGUUUUUCUUUGAGUGUGUACUCUCCUAGUCAAAUAUUGAAGAUUGGUACUUCAGUUGAUUGUGGAGUUUGCAAAGGAAAAAGGAAGGAUGGGAUGCCUUGUACACUAGUCAUUAAUAAACGCAAAGGGGUUUAUUGUAAAUUUCAUAAAUCGAAAGCAUCAGAGAAAUAUUCCACAACGCGAACGGAGCUCAAGGGAGGGAACCUUAGAACUGCAUUUAGGGAACCACUCAAGCCAGAAGGGAUUUACAUGGUUGACCCUCUAGCUGACAGAACGAACUUCAAAAAGUCCAUGAAACCAGUUAAAUUGAUGUCUGUGGAAGGACUCAAAAAGGCACUAAGUAAUGCGGGUAAAGUGACCACAAAUACACACUCACAAGGGAUAAGGUUUCUUACUGAAGUUACAGGGAAAAUGAGUUCAAAAGAUACAAAUAGAGAAUCAAAAAUGCCAAAACCUCUCAAUGUCUCAGAGAAAAGGAAAUCAUCUACCAUGAAAGCAGAAUCAUCUGCAAUGAGAAAUCAACAACUGGAUCCAAAAAGAAAGAAAACUGAGCAUGGGCAAGGUGUGUUUGACAAAACCAAUCAGAGUACAGGAAAGUUGAUUGAAUUGGAUUAUGUUAGUUCAGAUGAAGAAUUGUGAGUGUCCUAUGUUAAGCCUAACUUCUUGGAUGUUGAAGUUCCAAUUUGGGGAGGUGGCAUUGGACAAUAGCUUUUGUUUUUUAUGGUUGUCACACAGCUCCUAAAAGGUGCAAUCUGGUGAAACUAUAGAGCAGUGAGUUGCUGCCUUUGGUCAUCGUCCUGACAUUCAAUCAGAAAGAUCCUUUAUUUUUCUUCUAGGACUGCAGUUUGAUUGUGAUACUGAUACCUUCCUACAAUGAAGUGCAUAACAGUCAGGGAUUGAGAAAUUUGGAGUCUAGCUAACAAAAUCCUAUCAGAUUUUUAUUGUCAAAUUCUAUCUUGUGAGGAAUUCACUUUGAUGUUGAACCUAUUUAAUGUUUCAAAGUGAACUAAAUGUUCAAAAUAUGUUGUAACAUUAAAGACUUCACAAGUUUGUUACAUACGUUCUUCUGAGAAAAAAAGAUUACACUGCUUGCUCCA